UGUAUCUCAAUCGCUUCGCGAAGGUGGGGGGAAUCGAAAUGUGUCGUCGACGAACGUCGGAGGAGGACACGGUGCAGAUGAACGUCCAGAGUGGAUGCGCUUGUCACCUGCGUCGCGACAGCGAUCCGGGACUCCUCGAGGACGGCAGCGACCGGAGGAUUCACGUGAGGGAGGUGCGGACGUGCAACGCAACCGCAGGCAAAUGUGGGCAGAGUGAAUCAAGGUGGAACGGAGACAAUCACGAGAGGGAUGCAACAGCUCCACGUGAUCGGACCCGCGGACGCGGAGAGGAGGAACUGAAGAGACGGGAGGCGCAACAUGUGAAGAAGGAACAAGAGUUUUUGGCUGACUCGAAGGUUUUGGAUGAGCGUUUUACGAAGCAAGAGGAACUGAAUAGGAGGGCGGCGGAGCAUGUGAAGACUCAACAAGAAUUCGUAUUAAGACGAGAGAUGGAUUUUGCACAGCAGGAGGAAAAAAUGAAUAGGAGGGAGGCAAACCUUAUGAAGAAGGAACAAGAGUUCGAAGCAAGACGAGAGCAGGUGUCAACAGCGAACUCAUCGGAGACUGCGAGGAUAGAUCAGAAAUUGACCUUUCCGUUGGAGGGGGAACUGAAUAGGAGGGAGGCGGAGCUUGUGAAGCAGGAACAAGAGUUCAAAGCAAGACGAGAGCAGGCGUCAAAAGCGAACUCAUCAAAGGCUGCAAAGAUGGAUCAGAAAUUGACCUUUCCGUUGAACAAACCAGCGGGCGUAGACGACGAUGCUGAUAUGUGCGCGAUGGGAGGUGUUGGAGAGAGCUAAUGCUAAAAUAAAGAUCUCACAGUGCA